AUGGCGAGCAUCAAGGAAACCGUCAAGGAAACGCUGGUCGGCAGCACGGAGGCGCCGCAGCUGUCGCACCAGGCCCGCAUCAACUUCGUGCGCCAUGCACAGAAGGAUGAAAAUGGCGAGCUUUUCAUGAACGAGGAUGACUUUAUCAGUGCGGUUGCUCCUAAGCAGGAGGACUAUCACAAAAUCAAGCGCGAGCAAUAUGGCAUCCUCUUCCAAGUGGCCGACCGACGGAGAACCGGCAAGCUCACCCUGUCCGACUGGGCCACCUUCGAGAACCUCCUGGCGAAGCCCGAUGCGGAGUACGAGAUCGCGUUCCGCCUGUUCGACCGCGAUGGCACCGGAACCGUCAAGUUCGACACCGUCCAGAGCCUGUACAACCUGAACAAGAGCGCCGACAGUAUCCCCUUCGACUGGAACUCCGAAUGGGCCUCGCUGUACACCGGCCGCACCAAGUCGCGUCACGACAUGACCUACCCGCAAUUCUCCCAGAUGCUGCGCGGCUUACAGGGCGAGCGCAUCCGCCAGGCCUUCCACAUCUUCGACAAGGAUGGUGAUGGCUACAUCGAGCCCGAGGACUUCCAGCGCAUCAUCUUGGAGACCUCCAAGCACAAGCUCUCGGACCACCUGCUCGAGAACCUGCCCACCCUGUGCAACAUUUCGGCCAGCAACAAGAUCUCCUACGCCACUGUCCGCGCCUUCCAGAACAUCAUGCGCGAGAUGGACAUCAUCGACUUGAUCGUGCGCGAAGCCACCCGCAAGAGCAGCGACGGCAAGAUCACUCGCUCCGACUUCCUGAAUGAGGCCGCCCGCGUCACUCGCUUUUCCCUGUUCACGCCUAUGGAGGCCGAUAUUUUGUUCCAUUUCGCGGGUCUGGAUGCUCCCUCGGGCCGCCUCGCCCAGAAAGACUUUGCCAAGGUCAUUGACGCUUCAUGGCGUAUCCCCGUCGCCGUUGCGGGCCAGGCUGCUCACGAGGCGGUCACCCGGGCCGAGUCGUUCCUGCAGGGCCUGUUGGAGUCGGCGCACCACUUUGCGCUGGGCAGUCUGGCGGGUGCUUUCGGUGCCUUCAUGGUGUACCCGAUUGAUUUGGUCAAGACUCGCAUGCAGAACCAGCGGUCCACUCGGCCUGGUGAGAGACUGUACAACAACUCACUCGACUGCGCGAGAAAGGUCAUCCGGAACGAAGGUUUCACUGGCCUGUACUCUGGUGUCAUCCCGCAGUUGAUUGGUGUGGCCCCCGAGAAGGCGAUCAAGCUUACUGUCAACGAUCUGGUUCGUAGCACCUUUACCGACAAGGACACUGGCAAGAUCCGCUAUUCUCAUGAGAUUCUGGCCGGUGGUACUGCUGGAGCUUGUCAAGUGGUCUUCACCAACCCUCUGGAGAUCGUCAAGAUUCGUCUGCAGGUUCAGGGUGAGAUUGCCAAGAAUGUCGAGGGUGCCCCUCGCCGCUCUGCUCUCUGGAUCGUGAAGAACUUGGGUCUCAUGGGCCUGUACAAGGGCGCCACCGCCUGUCUGCUGCGCGACGUUCCCUUCUCGGCCAUCUAUUUCCCCACAUACGCUCAUUUGAAGAGCGACCUAUUCGGCGAAACCGCCACCAACAAACUGGGCGUCCUCCAGCUGCUGACAGCCGGUGCCAUCGCCGGUAUGCCAGCCGCCUACCUGACCACGCCCUGCGAUGUGAUCAAGACCCGCCUGCAAGUUGAGGCCCGCAAGGGCGACACAAAAUACACCGGCCUGCGCCACUGUGCCACAACAGUGUGGAAGGAGGAGGGUAUGAAGGCCUUCUUCAAGGGCGGCCCAGCCCGCAUUCUGCGUUCCUCGCCGCAGUUCGGCUUCACCCUAGCCGCCUAUGAGGUCCUGCAGAAGAUGCUUCCCUUGCCCGGUUCAGAGGAGGAGGUCUCACCCAGCGGCCAGGUUGAGCCUGGCGUGGGCCUCCAGGGCGCCAAGGCUCCCAUGCCCUAUCUCCGGUCCAGGAACGCGCUGAAGCUCAUCUUGGAUUUAGACCAGAACAUCGGCCGAGUGCAGGUCCCUCGGCCCGAGCACUGGCCCAGGUUCCUCCAGGGUUCUAAGCAGUGA